AUGGCCCAAAAUGUGCUUGCAGAAAUCACUGUGCCACCAGUAGAACCAGUGCCCGACUACCUCAAAGAAGAAUCAGUCGCACUCCUGAAACAAGAACAACUGGACAGGAUCUCACAGUCAGGAGCCAUUAAGGACAUGUUGAAGAACGAAAGUUUGAGGCGAUUGAUAAAGUUGAUCGACAGCAGUGAGAACCCAGAGUACCUUUUGGACAAGGCUAGAACAGACAACCAGCAGUUUGUCGAGUUUUCAGAGGAGAUCUUGGCCAUUAUUGAAAGAGAUCCUGGAGUGACUGGGAGAGAACAGGUUCUUGAAGCCAUGGGUAUGGGACCCAAAGCAUAG